CGCAUUGGCGCUCAGGCCAGCGCCCGGGCCUGUGGGCCCGCGGCGGUGGUGUCGCGCGGUCCUCUGCCGCCGGACGCCGCACCUGUGGCUGCUGUGGCUGCUGCCUAGCCCUCCCGCCGUAGCCUGUCACUGCCACCGCCAGCCAGGGCGCGAAGAAGAAAUGAUGCCGCCCCCUGGCUGGCCCCUGCUUUGGCUGGGCCUGGGCCUGGGCUCCUGUGCGGUCCUGGAAUCCGCGGAGCAGGUCAACUCCACCACAGAUACUCUGAAUGUCCUGCUCAUCAUCGUGGAUGACCUGCGCCCCUCCUUGGGCUGUUACGGGGAUAAACAAGUAAAGUCCCCAAACAUUGAUCAGCUGGCAUCCCACAGCCUUCUCUUCCAGAAUGCCUUUGCCCAGCAAGCAGUGUGCGCCCCAAGCCGCGUGUCCUUCCUGACGGGGAGGAGGCCCGACACUACCCGCCUGUAUGACUUCAACUCCUACUGGAGGGUGCACGCAGGAAACUUCUCCACCAUCCCCCAGUACUUCAAGGAGAAUGGCUACGUGACCAUGUCGGUGGGAAAAGUCUUUCACCCUGGUAUAUCUUCCAAUCAUAGUGAUGAUUCUCCAUAUAGCUGGUCUUUUCCACCUUAUCAUCCCUCCUCGGAGAAGUAUGAAAACACUAAGACAUGUAGGGGCAAAGAUGGAGAACUCCAUGCCAAUCUGAUUUGCCCUGUGGACAUGGUGGAUGUGCCCGAGGGCACCUUGCCAGACAAACAGAGCACCGAGCAAGCCAUACGUUUGUUGGAAAAGAUGAAAAGAUCGGCCAGACCUUUCUUCCUGGCUGUUGGGUAUCAUAAACCGCACAUCCCCUUCAGAUAUCCCAAGGAAUUUCAGAAAUUGUAUCCCUUGGAGAACAUCACUCUGGCUCCUGAUCCUGAGGUCCCUGACGGCCUCCCAGCUGUGGCCUACAACCCCUGGAUGGAUAUAAGGCAACGGGAAGAUGUCCAGGCAUUAAACAUUAGUGUACCCUAUGGCCCGAUUCCUGUGGACUUUCAGCGGAACAUCCGCCAGAGCUACUUUGCCUCUGUGUCCUAUUUGGAUACACAGGUUGGCCACCUUUUGAGCACAUUAGACGAUCUUCAGCUGACCAACAACACGCUCGUUGUGUUUACUUCUGAUCACGGGUGGGCCCUAGGUGAACAUGGAGAAUGGGCCAAAUACAGCAAUUUUGAUGUCACUACUCGUGUGCCCCUGAUGUUCUAUGUUCCUGGAAGGACAGCUUCGUUCCCGGAAGCGGGGGAAAUGCUUUUCCCUUACCUGGACCCAUUUGAUUCUGUUUCACACCUGAUGGAAGCAGGCAGGCAAACCUUGGACCUUGUGGAACUCGUGUCGCUCUUCCCCACGCUCGCCAGCCUCGCGGGACUACGCGUCCCACCCCCAUGCCCUGUUCCUUCAUUUCACGUGGAGCUGUGCAGAGAAGGCGAGAACCUUCUGAAGCAUUUUCGAUCCCAUGACUUGGAAGAAGAUCCAGAGCUCCGUGGUAAUCCCCGUGAGUCAGUGGCCUACAGCCAGUACCCCCGGCCUGCAGAUUCCCCUCAGUGGAAUUCUGACAAGCCAAGUUUAAAAGAUAUAAAGAUCAUGGGCUACUCCAUCCGCACCGUAGACUAUAGGUAUACCGUGUGGGUGGGCUUCGAUCCUGGUGAAUUUCUGGCCAACUUUUCUGACAUCCAUGCAGGGGAACUGUAUUUUGUGGAUUCCGACCCACUGCAAGACCACAAUAUAUAUAAUUAUUCCCAGCAUGGGGAAAUCCCUCCAUCAUUGAUGCCUUGAGUUUUGCCAGCCAGAACGAAAACAUAAUGUGCUCCCUUUGAGCUGGCGAGAGGAAGCAUGAGAGGUGGUUAUUUUGUCAUUACCCAUAAUACUGAAAACAACUGGGGCAGUAAUUAAAGCAUGCAUCAACAAUUUGCCCCAAGAAUUUGGGACAACCAAACUUCAUGUAGUCCUUGCUAAUUUAUUAUUGGCCACUGGAUUGGUGCUGGGCUGAAAAUUUCAUUUCCUUUCUUUUUUCACUGCUUUUUUUCUUUCUCUUUUACAUAGUCAUAGAUUACUCAUUUAAUAAGUAUAAACUGCAAUUAUGUCAUCCCUUUGCAUAUUGAGAGCAUACUAACCAAACAGACCACUAUACUCAAGAAAUACUUCAUUUGGACUUAGUGCAUCUCAAAAAGUAACCGUAUAUCUAAUUAGGGUCUACCCUAAGGUUCCAGUUAUUUUGUUUAUAAUUUAAUAAUAUAUAUUAGGUAGUACAGUGUAUUAAAAAUGUAUCAACAUGUAAUUCACAUUUCUUUCUCAGAUAGAAAGUUAAGUAAUUAGAGAAACCAACAAUUACAGAAACCAAUACCUUAAAUUUUUCUUUCUAAGACCACAGCAUUUCAGAAUGCAAACAUAAAAUAUCCAUGAAAUUAUUAAUGUUAUUUCUACUUCAAAUAAUAAAUAAUUCCUAGCAAACAAAGGGAUGAGGUGUGGGAAAUUUGGUUGAAAAUUUUCAGGUAGUUUCUCGCCCAGAUAAUAUGUUAGCAAAUAAUAUGGCCCUUGAAUUCAUUGGCCUUCUAUCACAGUGAGAAACAUUUCAGUGUAACUUAUCAAUGGUUUGUGAGACACUCAAAACCAUAUUAAUGUUAUUUGGGGACAGUUGACUGCAGACAUCCAUUUAUCCAGGAGGUAGAAAAUAUUCUAAUUUUAAUCACUUAUUAAAGCAAAAAUUAAUUUUAUUACAUUCUAAAUUGAGUAUUGUGAAAAUGUCCUAUUAGUAUACUAUUAGGUAAUGUUCAAAUCUCCUGAAUAUAGUCCUUUAUUCCCUAAAUCUGGAAGUAAUAAGAAAGGCAUAGUCUGGUGAACUAUCGCAUGUGUGCCAUAGCAGGAUGUCUAUAUAAUUGAAAGCUCUAAAACAUUUUCCAUCACUGGCAUAGUCCAUAUCAUCUUAAAAGGGCUGGAAUAUUGCAAGUCAUAUUCUAGCAUGAGAAGGCUGAUGAAUUAUCAAUAGUCAUCAGAGGAAUCAAUAGCUUUCUAAAUUAACAUCUAAGUUAGUGUUGUAUCAAAAUGAGCAAUUUUAGUUAUUUUCUCAUUACAAAUGCCUCAGUGUUUCAAGGUAAAUAUUUGUGAAAUAAAAUAUAGCAAAUUGCAAAUUAGAUUAAGAUACUGCAGUGUAUUAAAUUGUAAUAAACAUGACGAUAUAUUAAAAUCA